AUGUCGAACUUCGGCUCUAACAUUGAUAUGAAAAAAGCUUUGGACGCUCAGAAGUCGCUGUCCAAGAACACUCCUCAGCUCGAACAUGCUCUGUCAAACUCAAAGGCCAAUGGCCUGCCCGAAAUAUCCAUCAACGCAUCUCAGGGGACCUUUCUCUCCAUCCUUUGCAAAAUGACCAAUGCCAAAAACAUUCUCGAGAUUGGAACUUUGGGCGGGUACUCCACGCUUUGGUUCGCUGAAUCUGUGCCAGGUGUACAGGUCACCUCCAUCGAGAUCGACCCACAUCAUCGCGAUGUCGCGGUGGAGAACACGAAAGGGUGCGAUAAUGUAGAGAUUCUGCUWGGUGCUGCAUUGGAUAUUUUGCCUAAACUUGCUCAGCAGGGCAAGGUGUUUGAUUUUAUCUUCAUAGACGCAAAUUGGGAAGAGCAGGCCGAAUACUUUGACUGGGCUGUUAAGCUCACUAGAAAAGGUGGAUGUAUCUAUGUCGACAAUGUCGUCAGGCAGAUCAUGCAAGAUGGGGAGAAAGAUAUGGCUUUGGUUGAGUUCGUGAAGGAUGAUGAGAGGGUCGAGGCGUCCUUGGUUCCGAUCUUCCAGUCUUAUGAGAGAGACGGACAGACAAAAGACUUUCUUGAUGGCUUUAUGAUCGCUGCGGUCAAGUAA